AUGUCGGGCGGCGGCGGCGGCAGCCGGGAGGAGGAGCGGCGCAAACUCGCCGACAUCAUCAACCACUGGAACGCGAACCGGCUGGACCUGUUCGAGAUCAGCGACCCCACAGAGGAUCUGGAGUUUCAUGGAGUAAUGAGAUUCUACUUUCAAGACAAAGCAGCUGGAAAUUUUGCAACAAAAUGUAUCCGUGUCUCUAGUACUGCCACAACUCAAGAUGUGAUAGAAACUCUUGCAGAGAAGUUUCGACCAGACAUGCGAAUGUUGUCAUCUCCGAAAUAUUCGCUUUAUGAAGUGCAUGUCAGCGGCGAAGAAAGAAGAUUAGAUGUAGAUGAGAAGCCUCUUGUUGUACAAUUAAACUGGAACAAAGACGAUCGAGAGGGAAGGUUUGUCCUCAAGAAUGAAAACGAUACACUUCCUCCAAAG